UAAAUCUAGCUCUUGCAUCAAUCCGUCCACCAUCCCAAACUGUUGUGUUGUUGUCGCCUCAGCUGCCGAUUCGCACCCAUUUCCGCCGACCUGUCGACUCCGACCUGUCUUGCUCACGACUCUAUGAAUGAUCGCCAAAAUCGACAGUUACAUACCUGGCCCUCCAUUCCGCCGUCAGAACCCCUGUGGGACAACCCUGGCGCCACCGUCGAUGCUCCCCAACCGCUCUGCCCAACAGCGCAACAUCAAACGUCGAACGGAGGACAAAUAAACCGUCACUGGGUUGCGGAAGAAAGUGACGACCUUGGCGAUGCGACCGGCCGUGUGUUCUACAGCAUGACUUCAACUGCCUAGGCAGUAACUAAACUACCUCCCAGCCUACCGCCCGCCUACCUUUCCAACUUUCCUGACCCUCUCGUCUCUCCCUGGGCCGAUCCUACGAUACCCGGCAUGGCGAGACUUUCCGGCGAUGUAUGCCUGCCUUCGGGCUCCCUUGAACACGAUACGCUUCUCUCGUUUCCUCCUGGUAUCGCCAGUGAUCCACCCUCCUCCGUCAUCUCCCCCUUCGCCCUUCCACGGGGGUCCUUGGGAUAUUUCGAUCAACCUAUCCGCGUCACCAGCCAGGCCAACAACGCCCGUCUUUCUACGAUCCACGCUGAGGAAGGUCAAGCUUCACACAGCAACAAGGGUCGGCCCAACAAUGCCUACUCACCGAUUCCGCCUGGCCGUCCAGGUACUUCAGUCUCUCAAUCUUGGCGACUCUUCUCUCCGCGGGAAGCCCCGUACCAACAGCUUCAAUCGCAUCAGCAAGGCGCAGCCGCUCUAUCGCCGCCGAUCCCGGCAGAUGCACCAAGCCCGCCGUCGCAAGCCCAGGUGAUCAGACGUUUGACGCAGCAAAAUGGGCGGAUACGCGAGGCCUGGGAAGCGGAGCGCAAAUAUUUGGAGGCCAACCGUGAGCGGGCCGAGGAGGUCUACAAGGAAGAGCGAGGGCUCAUGGAGGAGGAGCGUGCCGAGUGGGAGGCGGAGAGGGAGGGCUUGUUGCGCCAGAUUGCCUCGCUACGGCAGCAAGUUGCUGGGCUUGGGGGGGAUGGCCCGUCAGCAAAUACCGACGGCCUGACGAACGGAGGAGAAUCCCCCAUGCCGGAUGGUUUACGGGGCGGUGGCGGUUGGGACCUGUCGCCGGAGAGCAUGGCGAGUCCGGGCUUGUCACAAGGAAAUGCGCGGCCGAGGCAACGUCAUGGGCCGGGGAGUGGGGACACCUCCCGCAAACACCCACCCCCAGUCGCGUGCAUCGCCGACGCACUCGCGCCACCUGCCCCUCCACUGUCAGAGUCCCGAUUUCCUCCACCUAGGAGAUUCGAAUCGUCAUCAUUCCCUCCAACCGCCAACAACGGCUUUCCGCCAACCCCCGAACAAAGCGCAAUGGCCGAUAAGGAAGAUAUGACCCCAGAGCCGACCGUCGACGUGCAAGAGAUUAUCCCCACCCUCGAGGGAAUUCCCAUCAAGGCCGCUGCCAUCCAAAGGCCUACGUUUACAUUUACCGACCCUAAAGCCUCUCCUCCCGCCGACCAACCGCCACCUGGCGUGCCUAGACGAGCAUCGAAUAAGCAACAGACGUUACAAGUCUUGGCGGCCGAUGCGACCGACAGAUUGACCAUGCACGCCGGCCAUACGCCAAGCCACUCGCUAUCCGUCCUCCCAACAGUGACAACUGCUUCGGUCGUUACCACUGCUAGCAGCAGUGGGGAUAGCACGCCGACUCCGCAGCAAUGCGAUGGCUUCGAAACCGACGUCUCCACAGAAGCCGAGCCCUUGGAACCCUUCACAUCAAUCGAACAGCAGCCCACCGUUACCGACCAAGACCACCCCGAACCUAAGCUAGAACCCGAUGAAGACGUUGAAUUGAACGGGCCGUUGAUGCUCCGGAAUAUGCCCGCCCACGACGAGGUCUUCUUCCAGCGCUUAUCAGACAAACUGGAGGAGGUAAGCAGGGCCUCCAACGCCGCUGCUGUCCCCGCCGUCCUCAAGGACUCACCGGAAUCCGAAGAGCCUGCCAGCAGCCAAGAGAACGGCCAUGGACGAGGUAACCACGAUGGCGGUGCCCGGGACGCCAUAGCAAACAAAGACAGGAGCAGCUCCAGGAGUAGUGACGAGGAGAUGGAUAUUCCCCUCAAGAUCAGGCGGAACAAUAACUUCGGCGCGCCAUUCGGCGUGUUCCGCUAGUACCGCCGUGUCCUCUGAGGGCCGCCUUGGGAACCGCCUUCAGAGGGAUUAUUUGGGCCGUACUUUUCCGCAUAUCACGGCGCUCGCCGACUCGGGCAUUUCCCCCUUCCCUAUUAUUCCUUUGUAUAUAUCUUCACACCCCUUUUACGUCGUUACGUCAUUGGCACCUUUACAAUUUUCCUCUGUUGAAACAGAUACCCCAAGCAACUGGACAUACCCGUUUCUU